ACUGACUUUUUGUAGGAGUGUAAUGUUCUUGAGUGGUUAAGGUGUGUUGUAGUGCAACAGUGUGGACGUAGCUAUAAGAGUGGCCUCAUUACUGAGGAGUGUGGUAGCUGUUUGUCCUGUUUAUGGUAUUGGAGGCAAUUAAUCAUGGAAGAGUUCAAGCAUCAUUAUCUUCGCCUCUGUAAGGAGUAUCAUAUUGACACACAAGAUUGUGUAUUAAAACAGCUUAACAGUGCUUCUGGUGGGAGUCCAACUAAACAUGGGAGAACAUCACUCAAUCUAUCCACAAACAGCCUGACACCAAAAACAUGUGCCGUGCUUGGAAAGCUGCUAGCUACUGAUCGAAUGUUCAGUGAAAUAAGACUAAAUGACUGCAUGAUCACUGAAGAUGGAAUCAAGGUAAUAGCCCAUGGUCUUUCUUCAAACGUGGCUUGCCAAAAGCUCUAUCUGAAGGGCAACAAUAUUCGUGCAUCCGGUGCCGAGGCGCUGGGAAAGAUGCUUCGAGACAACACAACAUUAACCCAUCUCUGCCUAGAAUGGAACUCCCUUGGAAUGUUGGAGAAUUCUUUUUCCAUAUUCUGCGAUGGACUAGCAGCCAAUACCUCACUGUUUUCCCUUGACCUCAGAAACAAUCAAAUCAGCCAUGACGGUGCUACCGAACUGUCUCAAGCACUCAAAAGAAACAGUACACUUCUACAUCUUGAUCUCCGUUGGAAUAACGUUGGCAUCAUUGGAGGCCGGUCCCUCCUGUGUAUGUUAGAGACCAACAAGACACUCAGCAAGCUGGAUCUUGCUGGGAAUAAUGUGCCAGUUGACAUAUCAAAGGCCAUAGACACGGCGAUCCUGGCCAACUCAGACCACCAGGCGCUUGCCAAUGAGUACCAGUCUCGUCAGAACAUGCUUGGGAGAGAGCUCACGUCAUUGAAGAAGGAGAAACAGAGUCAGAUGGUUAAUCUGAUGGAUACACUAGAUAAACAGGAAGAGAGCCUGAGACGAACUCAGAGGUCAUCAGGUCAUAAGAUUGGACAGCUACAGGCAGCAUUGGAAGAGAGGAAGACCGCAUUCAAUUCAUUGGCUGCCAAGUUGUCUAUGGUUGAGUCCGAGCUAGCUGUGUCUGAAGUGCAGAAUAAUGAUUACCAGACGAUUGUGCUGAAGGUGAAGCAGGAACAGGAGGAUAGCAAAGAGAGGCAUAUGACGGAGCUGAGAAGGGAAAGAGAGGGACACCAGUUAACAGAGACAAAGCUCCUGAAGGAAGUGACCGAAUUCAUGGAAAAGAACUCCACGCUAGAAAACAAGCUUGAUGAAGUGGAGAGAAAGUGUAAGGUCCAACAAGAACAGAUCUAUGACCUGAAAGAACAGCUGACACACAAUCAGGCCGACCUCAAGUUGAAAGCAUCACACUUUGAAGAGAAAGUUCAUCAUGAGAAACAGAAAUACAAAGAUGCACUUCGAGAAAUGGAAGAGCUCCAGCAAAGAGAGAUCAGCAGAUGUCAACAGGACUGUGGCGAAUCCGAGAAGACGUUGAAAGAUCGUAUCCAGAAGUUGGAGAACAACCGGUUGGAGCUUGAGGAGGAGAUUAGCCGGAUGAAGAAUGUCCAUGUGGCCGACCGGUUACAGAAUGAAGAGCAUCUGAUGAUCACUAAACAGAAGAUUAGACAAGAAGAGGAGCAGAGAUGUAAACAAUAUGAAGAGAAGAUCCGUCUGCUGCAACAGUCCAAGGAUGAGACCCAAAGUCAUGCCAACAUGUUGUCAGGGACAGUCCAAGAUCUGCAGAGCAAGAACAGUGGUCUGGUCCUUGAGAAUGAGGCUUUGAAGAGGAAGAUUGAAGGUUUUCAAAAUGAACUUGCAGGCAAGAACAGUGAGAUGAUGACAGAGGUUGGUAAGGUCCGGCUCGAGAUGGCGCAGCGGAUGAACAAACUGGAGGCAGAGAAUCAAACACAAUCAGAGCUACGCGACAAGAUGCACAACCUUGACCAGCAACUUACAGAGCAAACUGUAAGAAACCGGGAUGCCAUCCAUGCCAAAGAGAGAGAAAUCACUGAACUCCAGGAACGAUUGAAAUCAAAAGAAACCGAAAUCCAGCGAAUGAGAGAAGAUGAGGCCCAGCGUGCUAGCGUCCUCCAGCAAGCAAUACUCAAUUAUGUCAAACAUUGAGAGAAUUGAACGAGUAGAGAUAGAGACAGAGCAAUGACGCACUCAAAAACUUUCUAUCUGUGAAUCUUUCAUGUUCUUGAUUGAAUGCGUGUACUCUAACAACAGCUGAAUGAUUGGCACUUUGUUUUAAUUGAUGCUGGUAACUGCCUCCGAUUGAUUUACUGGUAUGUGACCAAGGCUGACCCCUUCCUGGAGAAGGCGAAACAGUUGGUCACUGAGAAGAUUAAAACAUUAUUUUGCUCAAUCAGCGUUUGAGACAAAUGGCAGCAUUAGCCCAGCUAAGCAUUGUUUCCUUCAACAAAUUCAAUUUACAUGAGUAGCCUUAAUAUUAGGCAUCAGCAUUAUUGCUAAUGCCAAUUUAGCAACCCCGGGCCCAUGUCUAUGUGAACGUUGUUGGGUGUUUUCCAAAUUCUUAUGAUACAAAUGUAUUGGCCCUAAGCUAUCUGUGGGUACUUCUAGUUUUUAAUUCCAAAUGUUUACAUCUGGCAAAUCAUACCAUGUAUUAAAAGAGAAUGCAUAUCAGACUUUGAUUCACAUACCAAGAGAGAAUUUAUAUUUGUUGACAAAAAUGCAGUAGGUUGGAGCGACCAAUUUGUAAGCACUUGUAAACUUUGUAUAACAGAGAGAAAGUUCCGUCCAAAUCAACUCGCAUGUUUUUGAUGUUGUGUACUUUUCAUCAUACAUGUAGCAUUGAUUUAUGAUUGUAAACCGACUCAAAAUGUGACAUCAUUUUGUUUGUACUGCUCAAAGGUCUUCCAAGUUCCACAAUCAAAUUUUGUUGUUGUUGGCACAGAUUGUUCAAAGUCACUAGAGGCGUAGAGUCUGCUGGUAGUGGGAUACCGUUAACCGGCAAAGUUGGGGGAUCUAGGGAAUUUAUUUCAAAAUACUGUGUAUCUGACCUUUUAGAUUUUAGAUGUAGAUACAUGUAUGACUACAUGUGUACGUAUUAGGAAAUGUAUAGGCAUUAUCUUGAAUUUGUGAAGUAUUUAAAGUAGCUCUAACUUAUGAUUUUUCAAACAUAGGAUUCGGUGCAAUUUUUUUCCAUUAACUAUCCUUCAUUUUGUGUGAUAUUCUCAUCAUGCUACUACAUGCUUACUCACUUGGGGCUGCAGUGGGACGCCUUUGGCCCACCUUUAUAUACCCAUGGCAUUGGUAAAACAAGGUUGUCUUGAGUCUAAGUCCAUAGACUGAAAAUGCUUUGAAAGACUAUUCUGAUGGCCAGAUGGAUUGCCUUGCACCAGUUCUACCUGUUUUCAAAUAGUAAUUUUCUCGAAACUGUUCAUUGAUAAUAUAUUUCUAAAAGUAUUUUUCUCAAUAUGUGCAUUUUUUAUGUCUCUUGGUUGAUUGGAAAUUAAUAAAUGUAAUGUC